GCAAGAACCUGUCGCUUGGGAAAUUGUCUGGAGGAGUUUCUGGGAUGAGCUGGGGCUCCCAUACGGAGUUCGUUCGCUUCCCCGGGCAUUUGGGGCAUGGGUUGGAUACAGGUAUGCGUCCUCGCUGUCGGCUGACGGGCCCGAAUGCUUUGGACGAUGCAACGUUUCGUCUGAUGGGUAUUUAUCCUGGCCAACCUCCAUUUGUGCGAUCAGCGGCACGGUGUAUGCAACAUCUCUCUUCCCAGCCUGCACCGAAGGACCCUCUCCUUGUUUGAUCCCCCCGUCAGUGCUUCCCAAGGCCACGGCGCACCUCUCAGAAACCAUGGAAGACAUCGGCGUCAAGACACCCACCGACCAUGUCGAAGGCAAGGUCGACGUGGGCAACUUGAAAAACGACAAAGCGAACCAGAUCCUCAGCGAGGCCGCCGGACAACGCAUCGUCCUCACGCCCGAGAACAACUCGAGGGUGCUGAAAAAGAUCGAUCUCUGCAUACUCCCCGUGGUACUGGGGAUCUAUUUCCUGCAGGCCCUGGACAAGGCCACGUUGGCGUACGCUUCGGUGUUUGGCCUCGUCGAAGACACCAAUCUCGUCGGGCACGAAUACUCCUGGCUGGGCGCGGUCGUCUACCUGGCGCAGCUGGUGGCGCAGCCGUUGAUCGCCUAUGCAUUGGUCAAGCUGCCGCUGGGCAAAUUCCUCGCCGUGAUUGUCUUGCUCUGGGGCGUUUCCCUGUCGGCCAUGCCAGCCGCGCACAACUUCGCGGGGUUGCUGGUGUGUCGGUUGUUCCUGGGCUUUUUCGAGGCUGGCGUUGCCCCUGCUUUCAUCGCUCUCACCCAGAUGUGGUGGCGCCGGCGCGAGCAGCCUGUCAGGCUCGGAGCCUGGUAUGCGAUGAACGGCAUCACCAACAUCUUUGGCUCUCUGUUGACCUACGGAAUUGGCCACAUCCACUCUAGUUCACUUAAGCCCUACCAGAUCAUCUUUCUGUUCUUUGGCUUGAUCACCGUGGUUUUCUCCGUGGUGGUUUGGUUUUUCCUCCCAGACUCGCCCAUCACGGCGCAUUUCCUCAAAGGCGAAGACAAGUUGGUCGCCAUCGAGAGACUGAGGGCAAACAACCAGGGUGUCGAAGGGACCGAGUGGAAAUGGGCGCACGUCAAGGAGGCAGCCCUCGACAUCAAAACGUGGCUCUGGGCGGCCAUGAUGUUUGCCAUUUCUGUGCCGAGCGGUGGCAUUUCGACCUUCGGUCCGCUGAUUGUGAAGAACUUUGGCUUUGACCAGUUCCAAACCAUUCUCCUCAACAUGCCCUUUGGUGCCGUCCAGCUGAUCGCCACCAUGGGCGGUGCCUGGGCUGCGACGGCCCUGAAACUGAAGUCUCCCGUUCUGGCAUUCCUCAGUCUCCCGCCCAUUGCGGGCUGCGUCAUGCUUUUGCAUCUCUCGCGAGAUGCGUCGGCCAAAGCGCCAUUGCUGGUGGCGUACUACUUGAUCUCGGUCUACCCCGGCAUCACACCGUUGAUCUAUUCCUGGUCGGCAGCAAACACGGCUGGGGAGACAAAGAAGAAGGUCACGACUGGCGCGCUCUUCAUCGCCCAAUGCGCCGGCAACGUUCUCGGACCAAAUCUAUACACUACCGGUGAAGCACCGCUCUACCACAGAGGAUUGUUGUCCAAUCUCGCCCUGUUUGUCGUGCUCAUUGGCCUCUACGCCGCCCAGGUCGGUUACUUGGUGGUCCUUAACAAACGGCAUGGCAGGACCAGAGAGAGCAUGGGCAAGCGAGCAGUCCUGGUCGACAAAUCCAUGAACCGGGUUCAAGCAGCGGCAACGGAGGGCGCGGCCGAGGAUCAGGACGAAGACAUGACCGGCCACCAUGCAUUCGAUGACAAGACCGACUGGGAGAAUGAGGAUUUUAUUUUCGUCUACUAGUUUACAGGCAGGCUGCAGGCUUCGACGGGUUUCUUACUCGGGUGUGAAGUAGCUGCGAAGGGCCCUGAUAGCACCAGAAUGGCCAAAACCGU